AUGGCGAAGAAGAGAAAAUACUCGAAGAAGAUCUGUAUCGAUACACCAGGCACCGAUAGCUGUAAGUUACAAAGCCGAUUAUUCUUUAAAGAGGAAAAAGAAUUGGAACGCCGACACGUUAAGUUCAACUUGCAAGAGCUGCUCAAGAUAGCCGUGAAUGCUUGCAAGGGAGUUCGAUCAGGUAUCAAAGUCACGAAAUGUCCAGAAGGGCUACAUAACAAAGCUUUCAUUUUGACAAUGGAUAAUGGGUCUGAGGUUCUUGCGAAGCUCCCUAAUCCCAAUGCCGGACCUGCGCAUUUCACAGUUGCCUCCGAGGUGGCUACACGUGAACUGCUUCGUCAUGUAUUCAACAUACCUGUUCCCCAAAUAUUUGCAUGGUCCAAUGACGCCUCAGCCAACUUGGUCAAGGCCGAAUAUAUCAUCGAGAAAAAGGCACCCGGUAUACAGCUUGGGUCUGCCUGGCAUCAAUGGCCCCGAGAGCUAAAACUCCAACUCAUAACUCGUGUGAUUGAUCUCGAAGAUAAAUUGACGAGUAUCUCUUUCGAUCAGCAUGAAUGCAUCUAUUUUAAAGAUGACCUACGCUUACUUACAGGGGAGGCGACAGAGCUUCAAGUUCAGGCUGAAAAUGUUGCGCCCAAGGCUCUUCAAAAAUACGCAUUGGGAAAUAAUGAAAUGUUAUGGAUCAAGUCAAAAGGAGCUUCUCGAAUGAACUAUUACCGGUCAAGUCAGAACAAGGAGCUUCCAGCGGAUGGUCUCGAACUUUUGAAGAAGUAUAUGGAUGUGGCUCAUUACCUUGGCCCCUCAUCAACCGAUGAAUCGGGCGCCUUGAACGUUCUCUGGCACCCUGAACUUCACCUGGACAACAUUUUCGUAGAUCCAGAUACUCAUGAAAUUACCAGUAUUAUUGACUGGCAAUCGGCUUGCGUGGCACCGCUGUUUUAUCAAUCCUGUAUCCCAAGACUAUGCAGACAUCUUGGCCCUGUUCAAGAGGGCUGGAAAAUCCCCCAAAGACCCGAUAAAUUGGAAAACAAGAUCGACAAUGACUUGGAAAGCGAAAUUCUUCACAAAAACUAUGAAGCCCAGGUGUGUAAGCGCGCACCCCGACAUUGGAAGGUUCUUCAGAAUCGGUCAGUUCCCAUGAUCCGGAAACCCGUGUGGCUUGUAACUAGGGUAUGGGAGAAUCGCGAUCUCUUUUUCCUUCGAGAGUCAUUGAUGGAACUGGUUGCAUAUUGGGAUGAACUAUUUCCAGAUGUCACUUAUCCAAUUGAAUUUACCAGAGAGGAUGUCGAGAUGCAGGCAAAGGAGAAUGAAAAUAUCAAGGGCAUAGGACAUAUGCUAACAAUGUUCCGGGACCAGGCGGCUCUCCCAGUGGAUGGGAUGGUCGAUCCUGAAGACUAUGAUGUUGCCCGCAAGAACUGUCGUAAGUUCAAAGAUAUUUUUGUUGAACUGGGCAAAGAUGAUGAGGAGAAAGAGCUGUUCCGGAAUUUAUGGCCUUAUCAAGAGUCUGAGGCUGGGACUUCCCAAGGUAGUCCCUAA